AUGGGUGUCACCAAGACUACUCACCAGGAGGGCACCGGCGCCAUUCCCAAGCCCGGCGAUACUGUCACCAUCGAGUACACCGGCUACCUCAAGGACACGAAGCAGGAUAACAACAAGGGCAAGAAGUUCGACUCUUCCGUCGGUCGCGGCGACUUCGUCACCCGCAUUGGCGUCGGCCAGGUCAUCAAGGGCUGGGAUGAGGGUGUCACCACCAUGAAGGUUGGCGAGAAGGCUACCCUCGACAUCUCCAGCGACUACGCCUACGGCGAGCGCGGCUUCACCGGCCACAUCCCCCCCAACGCCGACCUUAUCUUCGACGUCGAGCUGAAGCACGUCAAAUAA